AUGCUUGCAGCUCGUCAUUUUCUUCGCAGAACUUUUAGCUCAGCCCUUGCAACCCAUCGCGACACUGCUUACAACAACAGAGACACUCCAUUUGACUUCACCGAAGAAAACUACCAAAAAAUCACUACAAUUCUCACCCAUUAUCCUCCGCAAUACAAGCGCUCAGCAACUAUCAAUUUACUAUACCUCGCCCAAAAGCAAUGUGACGGCUGGGUGCCUUUGGCUGCGAUGAAUAAGAUUGCUAAAAUCCUAGAAAUCUCAGAAAUGGACGUUUACGAGGUUUGUUCAUUUUAUACAAUGUUCAAUCGUGAACCUGUAGGGAAAUAUCAUCUUCAAGUGUGUGGGACAACACCUUGUAUGAUCCGUGGAGCACAAGAUAUUAUAAAAACAAUUGAGCAUGAAUGUGGGAUCAUAAAAGACCAGACUUCAAAAGACGGUCUUUUUACCUUGACUGAAGUUGAGUGUUUAGGAUGCUGUGCAAAUGCCCCGAUGUUGCAGGUAAAUGGAGAAAAAGUCUAUGAAGAUUUAACCCCAGAAACAAUGAAAGCGAUGAUUGAUGCGUGGAAGGCAGGAAAAGAACCAAAAGUUGGGCCUCAGAAUGGAAGGACAUGUGCAGAAGGCAUCCAAGGGAGAACCACUUUGAAGGCGCAGCCUAAUGUGUGGCCUGAUAGAGAUUUUGCGAAAGCGAAGGAUGAUUACCAAAAACGACUUGAAGCAGAAGCCCAGAAAAAGAAGGAGGAAGCUGCUGCUGCCGCUGCAAAGAAAUAA